AUGGAUCCACUCUCAUCACUGAGUGUUGCCAGCAGCGCCAUACAGAUCUUCGAGUUCUCGUCCAAGUUGUGGAAGCAGAUUCGCGAAUUGCACCAGUCCGCGACUGGGACUACGCUGGCACAGGAGACCAUUUUAGCAGAUGCUUCACGACUCCGCAGCCUGAAUUCGGGUCUCUGCGAGCUGCUGAGACCAGCGAAUUUACAAAGAUCGCCCACGGCAACAGAAGAAAGCGUGGUUUCCUUAUGCAAUGAGUGCGGCGACGCUGCAGAGCAAUUAGUCGAAACUAUACAAAAGUUGACACUUGAAGAACGCUUAGAUACAGGUGAAUGGGCAGAUUAUGCCUCACCUGCGAGGAAGCGGAAGGCCACCGAAGCCCUCGCGGGCCGAAAACUGAAGCGCCUGAUACCCAUUGAAGAAAGGCUCGACGCUGUACGGGCUGCGAUUAAAGGCGUUUGGAUGGAAAAAGAUGUGGAUAAAUUGUGUGAGAGGCUCGAAACACUGAAACAUUCUUUGGCAUCCGCCAUUCUGGUCAAUAUCCAGCACGGGCUUGUUGAUUUGAACCGGAAAAUGGAUUUUGUCACAACCGAGGCGGCCAAGUGGGCAGAUGUGAGAUCCUUCGACGACAUAUUGCGAUCCCACAAUCUGGAUACGCCUCAGAACGAAGCGAAACUCAUGGGCUUCAUAGAGGCACACUUUUCUCGAACAAGGGACCGGCACAUCAACGACUCCACUGAAGCCACCCUGCCCGAAGCACUCGACCAGGGAAAAUCUAAGCUGGAGCCGUGGUCAGCGAAAUCCCAUCAUGUCAUUCAGUCUUUGAUAAGAGGCCUGUCGUUCUCAGAAAUGCAUCAGCGCCAGGAAAGUAUACAUGACAACUUCAAAGGCACGUUCCAAUGGAUAUACGAGCCACCCCGAGACGUGGACCGACCAUGGGAUAGCUUUGCCACGUGGCUGACGGAGGGACGUGGCAUUUAUUGGAUCACAGGAAAGGCAGGUUCUGGGAAGUCAACGCUGAUGAGAAUGCUGCACGAGAACGAGCGUACAGUCGGCCUGAUUCAAACCUGGUGCAGCGAGUUGCCGUUAGUCGCAGCCUCAUUCUUCUUCUGGAACUCAGGCACCAAGAUGCAGAUGUCUCAGGAGGGCCUCCUUCGAUCAGUCCUGCUGCAGAUCAUCGAGCAGCGGCUCCAACAAGAGAGUUGCGACACUCUUAAAGAGAAACUAUUUGUUUUCGCAAUGAUGCAAGAAUCUCUUCAGACCUUUUGGUUCAAGGACCUACUGCAGCUGUUCCGCUUCGUCAUUGAAGAUGCCGGAAGAUCCGUCAAAUUCUUUCUCAUACUGGACGGCCUUGAUGAGUUCGAUGGGGACAAAUCAAAGCUGAUCUCCCUAAUUCACACGCUUGGAAAGUAUGAACAUGUCAAAGUGUGCAUUUCAAGUCGGCCAUGGACUGUUUUCGAGGAUGGCUUCCGUCAGCAGCCCAGCCUGAUGCUGCAGCAUCUCACACAUCACGAUAUCCUGCUUUAUACGCGGGAGAAGCUCGGAAAAGAACCGGCGUUUCGCGAACUUUCUUGGGGUGACCCAUCCAAUGCAUCAGAGCUGAUCCGAAGCAUCACAAGGAAAGCAUCUGGAGUUUUCCUGUGGGUUGUGUUGACUGUCGACUCGCUCAUCAAAGGCCUCACCGACGGCGACCGGGUCAAAGAUCUGGAGGCGCGACUUGACGAAAUCCCAGAAGAGCUGGAAGACCUUUUCAGGAAGAUGUUGCAUGGUUUAGAAGGGAGAUACUUUCAAGACGCCGCCCGACUGUUUCAGAUCCAUCGUGCAACAAGAUGGCGGGGAUUCGGCGGGCACGCUGGGGCGAGAUUACCUCUCCUGGUCUACGGCUUUGCUGACGAGCAUGGCGCCGACCUCGACAUGACUAUCAAGUGGCCCCCUAGAGCAUUGACUGCGAAAGAAUGUUUCAUGAUCUCCGUUUCGAUGAAACGGCGUAUUGACAGCCGCUGUAAAGGGCUCCUGGAAAUAGGUGAUUCUGACGCCAACACCAAGGAAACAUGGAGCACACAGUACAAACAGCUGGACAGCUUGAUAUCCGAAGCGGAUGCCGGAAACCAAUCCGUUCUGCCAACGCUGGACUCACUUGGCCACAGCCUGGCAAGAGCCAGUGUCCAAUAUCUACACAGGACAGUCAAGGACUAUCUCGAGACCCCAGCAAUCAGGAGGAGCAUUGAGAGUAGCGCGCCUACAGAAGGAGAAGACUAUUGGCUUCUGUCGCUCUGUCUUGGGUAUAUCAUGCUCUGGAGGAACAGCGUUGAAGCUCAACUGAGAUUAAGAAGAGAAAAGACCCCCACGCCGCCAGACUCUUCGACAUUUCCUUUGGGGUGGUCUUCGGAAGUUUCGUCGGCAGACGUCACCGCGAGCAUGGAAUUGUUCGAACCGACACAAUUUGUCGCGGACUGCGGACAGGAUUCCAAACCCAUGCUGGAGAACUGCCUGGAACAUGCAGUGGGCUUCCUCCCCAACAGCCUGCAAUCGCACACGAGACUCCUGGACGCCCUCGGAGCUGCAUUGUUUGAACGCGGGACGGCCGAAAUCGAGUGCAAUCAACCCAGAAUCUUGAGAACGGCAAUUUGGGAAUAUAGAAGACUGGGAUUCCUCUUUGAAGACUUCCUCUCCCUCGCGGUGCACUGCAACCUUUUCGAAUACGUGGAGGCGAAAAUCUCUUGCCUCUCGCCCGAAGUACAAGUGGCGACGGCGUCCCGACUCCUCGUCGUCGCGGCACUAAAGCGCGGCCAGACAGAUUGGCUGCUCCUCGCCAAAACGGAUUUGCAGCAGCUGGCGGUGACACAGCGACCUCUGCGUGCACCAGCAUUGGACUUAAUGGAGGACGUGUCGAACUCGAACCACGCCAGUGCAAGGGCUGCCGAAGAAAGAGCCCCAGUGGAGCGGUAUCAGUACCCUCCCCUGCCAUCAAACGGGCAUACGCGGCUCGUAAGCCUGCAUCCGGGGAGCACAGACGAUGAGGAUCUGGUAGUGGACCUGGACCCGACAACUAUCAUCCCUGACGGGCCUCUUCACUAUGAGGCGGUGUCAUACGUUUGGGACAAGGACCAGACCCCAUAUUCAGUCUAUGUUGGCAAAGACAAGACCGCCGUGGUCUCGGUGACACGCAACCUCACCGUCGCCCUCUCCAACCUGCGAUAUUCAGACAGGCCACGGCGCCUCUGGAUCGACGCGCUGUGCAUCGACCAGUCCAACGACGCCGAGAAGGGCCCACAGGUCGCCCAGAUGGGCACCAUCUACAGCUUCGCGACCCACGUCAUCGCCUGGCUCGGCCCGGAACAGCACGACAGUACCCGCGCGUUGGACUACAUCGCCUGGAUGGGCACGCAAGUCGACGUCGAGUACCCGGCGUGGCUUAGGCACGUUGUACCGGAUAUAUUAACAGCCAGGCACGUCAGAGAGGUCGCGGAUGCUAUUCGCCAUCUUAUUCCCGAGAGCGAACUUUCUGGGCAGUAUGUGACUGGCAUCAGCAUGACAGAGGCCUACACGAGGACGAUCCUCGCCAACGCCCUAGAAGAGUAUUCAGAACCAUGGGUUGGAUACGAGCCCAACCUGGAAGACGGAAUGCGCAUGCUCGGGCAUCUCUAUCGGCCAGAGGAAGAAAGAGACCCCGAAGACAAAUCACUGGGGCCCUUGACUGGCUUCUUUGGUGUGUCGCGUGCGAUGUUGGGCGGGAGACAGCUGAUGCACGUGACCGGCGGAUAUCUGGGAAUAGCGCCUCCCCUGGCUCGAGAAGGAGAUAUUGUCUGCGUCCUGCUCGGGUGCCACACGCCCAUUGUCCUUCGCCCGCAAGGAGAUGAUCAGUUCCGAAUUCUCUCUUUCCUUCUGUGUCGCCAGAUUUCCACAGAAGUCUGCGAGAAGAUCCACACGCUAAACUAA